CAAUGAACUACGCUUCGGCGGACGAUUUAUACUGGACCCGCCAUUUUUUAAUUCAAAAAAGUCUUGGAAGAACCCAUCUGUACAUUCCCCCCUCUCCUUUUCCACUCUCUUCUCUUUAUUUCCUUCCUUCCAACAAACGACCACCAUGUCCUUCAUAAAAGGGAUACCAUCGUUUCCAGAAAGCCAUCGUUUGCCGGUCAUGCCAACCCUCAGCUCCAAUAAUCCUGACCAACUAGCCGACUUUUGCGCUUUUGUCGUGCCAUGUAUAUGGGGCGACGGAUGGGCCAAGCUAGGCACCUCAACCGUCGAUUCCAAGCGAUAUUCAAUGUUCAGAAGUUUCUGUAAAGACGUAAUAUCCGCCACUCAAAUAUCCAGUUCCUGUAUACUGGUCAGUCUGAGAUACAUUCGAGUUUUACGGUCAUGCUACCCCAGCAUCAAAGGCUCCGUUGGUUCGGAAUUUCGCCUAUUUACAACGAGUUUGAUUCUCGCCAAUAAGUUUUUAGAUGAUAACACGUAUACGAAUAAGGUAGGCCGGAUGAUUCGAGGUCGCAUAUUUUAUUUUUUUUCAUUGGUCACUCACACACCAUCAUUCCCUGUAGACUUGGUCUGAAGUAUCCAAUAUUCCCGUCAAUGAACUCAACAUUAUGGAAAUCGAAUUUUUAUCAGCAUUAGAUUACAAUGUCUAUGUUAGCGAAGAACAAUACUUGGCAUGGAUAUCGGAAUGUGAUAAUCUCAUAGCCAUGGAUUCACGACGUAAAUAUCGACCCAUCAAGACC